CACGUGACACCGACGUCAUCGCGCCCCAACCAGGAAUAGCACCGUUCCAGAGCUGACACCCCCUGUGCUCGCGGGGAUGCGCUGUCACGUGACUCGCGGUGCCCGGCUGCCUGCUCUGCGGUGUCAGCUGGCGAUGCCCGCGCUCCUUGGCACCCGGUAAUGUCGGGCUGGUGAAAGAUGUGCAGCCCCGAGGUUAUGGCCGCCGAUCCAAUAGUGUCCUACGGUCCCCGGGGCACGGCUCUGUCGCACGUGCACCCGGUGAUGAAGGCGUUCGUGUGCGGUUCUCUGAGCGGCACCUGCUCCACCCUCCUCUUCCAGCCGCUGGAUCUGCUCAAAACGCGGCUGCAAACGCAACAGAUCUCCUCCCCGGGGAGCCGAGUGGGGAUGGUGAAGCUUUUCCUCACAGUCAUUCGUACUGAAAACUUCUUGGGACUGUGGAAGGGGGUGUCCCCGUCCUUUAUGCGCUGCAUUCCUGGGGUUGGUCUCUACUUCGGCACACUUUAUUUCUUGAAGCAACAUGUUUUCCUGGGGCAGGAACUCAGCCCCCUAGAGUCAGUUCUUUUGGGGGCAGGAUCCAGGACGGUAGCAGGAGUUUGCAUGCUACCAUUUACAGUAGUAAAGACUCGAUAUGAGAGUGGUAAAUAUCGCUAUAGUGGUGUGUUUCGAGCCUUGGGGAACAUAUACAGAACUGAAGGUGCUCGUGGUCUUUUCAGCGGUCUUUCUGCCACCCUGCUACGAGAUGCUCCUUUUUCGGGGAUAUACCUGAUGUUUUAUACCCAAGCUAAGAGGUUUGCGCUUCCUUAUAAUAUUGACCCCACAUUUAGUCCUCUUCUAAACUUCUCUUGUGGGGUUGUGGCUGGUAUUCUGGCAUCUGUAAGUACCCAGCCCGCUGAUGUCAUCAAAACUCAUAUGCAGCUUUCUCCUGGAAAAUACCGCUGGACUGGUCACACUGCCCUCUAUAUUUAUCAGAAUCACGGAUUGACUGGAUUUUUCCGUGGGGGCAUACCUCGAGCUUUACGCAGAACUUUAAUGGCAGCCAUGGCUUGGACAGUAUACGAACAAAUGAUGGAGAAAAUGGGACUUAAGUCUUGAACAAGCACCGCAACCAGUAUUAUCUGACUGGACAGAUUAUAUCACAAUAAGAUCACCACCUGCUUACAGGAUGUGAUGCUGAGUUGGCAAAUGUGGAUCAAAUACUAUAAAUCAGUACAAUAAAAAAAAAAAAAAAAAAAAAAUGUAAGCCUAUAAAAUGAUGCUUGGAGACUUACGUGAAAAAAAACUACUUUUUUGAUGUCUACACAUAAAUCCAUCCUCAACUCACAAAGUUAUUCCCUCUGGACAGGAUGGGGAUAAUAAGUGGAUUGGUGGGAGUCCAACCACUGGAACCACCACUGAAACUGCACCCUCCGCCGAAUUAAUGGGGUACACUGCGCAUGCGCGGCCACUGCUUUAUUUGUUCUCUAUGUGGCUUUCGAACACUCCAAAAUCUCUUGCAAAGGCUUUUCAGAAGAACAGAGGCAGUUUUUACUGCAAAAGGGGGGUCCAACUCUGUAUGAUCAAUCUUGGUUUUGGAACGUGAUGUCCAACAAGCUCAUAUACGUAUUGGUGCUGAUAUUGUGUAUAAUGUUAUCUGUCUUUUUGCUUCCUGGAGAAUAGUGUUUUCCAAUCAGUGUGCUUCCAGCUUUUGCAAAACGACAACUCCCAACAUGCCCGGACAGCCGUUGGCUGUCCGGGCAUGUUGGGAGUUGCCGUUUUGCAACAGCUGGAGGCGUACUGAUUGGAAAACGUUCCCCCAUCUGAACAUUACGCACAGUGUAUUCGUUGUGAAAUUUUGUUUGCAGAGUUUGCACAAAAAAAAAUCUAUAAGAAUAUACAGUGAAAUACAACAAAACUUUGUACUCUGGAUGUGUUCAUUGUGACUUUUAGGGUAGGUUCACAUUUUCUCAAUAGAAAUCUGCCUCUGAUUUAUUUAAUGUUAAUUUAUUACAAAUUUCACCCCUUAAAAUGAUGGCGGAAUUUGCCAGCGGAAUCUGGCAGAAAAAAAUUUUUGCUCAGAAAUUUGGUUGCAGCCAUCCCAUUGUUUUCAACUGGAUUCUGCUGCACCAUGCACAUAGUGGAAUUUCCCCCGGCGGAAACGUUUCCCACAGAAAUUCCGAUUCCAGCCUUCGCAGAGAGAAUUGGCAUGUCUAUUCUUUCUGCGGAGUCCAUUUGGAAAUGCUUUGCCAUCUAUGGAGACAUCGCAGUCUUAGGAGUCAGAGAGGGACUUCAGAGCGAGCUACCGACUGUGGGUGGGUUGCUCUGUGUGUACGCUCAUAGCGGGGUAUUUCUAUGGCAGGAAAUCUGCCACUACAAGCGGACACACAGAGCUACCCACCCGCAGCCGGGAGCUCGCUCUGCAGUCCCUCUCUGAUUGCCGUUGGCACAUCCGCAGCGUCAAAUAUGCUGCGGAUGUGCCCCGUGUCACCCUGCCCUAAACAGGUUAAGUGCGUGGAGAAAACCUGCAAUAGAAAUGAAAGGGAACCAAUCAGUAAAUUUUAGCAUAUAUAAUGCUUAACAAUGCAUUUUAUAUAUACAUAUAUAUAUAUGCUAAAAUUGUUAUCAUUUCUACUUACCAGCACCCGUCGCAUCGGCCAUGGUCCUGUCCCCUCAUCUUGAUUAAUGGCUUGAAUUAUCGCUCUGCUGGCGAUGCCCAGGGGACUACUUGCGGAGUAGCCAGGGGAGACUUUUUAACUUAAUAUCUUCACCAUCCCGGGGGCAAAAACGUCCCCCGGGGAUGGUGAGGAUAAAGAUUUUAGCAUAUAUAAUAUGUUGUCAAGCGUUAUAUAUGCCAAAAUCUGCUGAUUGGUUCCCUUUAACAUGCAGAUUUCAGGGGGCUGUUUAUAUUACAUUUUUGGCAAUAUGUACAGUGCCUUGCAAAAGUAUUCACCCCCUUGACUUUUUUCUUUUCUUAUUUUGGUAUAUUACAGGUUUAAGUUCAAUGUUUCGAUAAUCUGAAUUUUAUGUGAUGGAUCAGAACACAAUAGUCUAAGUUGGUGAAGUGAAAUGAAAAAAAUAUAUGAAUAAAACUUGUUUAGAAAUAGAAAACUGGCAUGUACGUAUGUAUUCACCCCCUUUGUCAGGAAGCCCAUAAAAAGCUCUGGUGCAACCAAUUACCUUCAGAAGUCACAUAAUUAGUGAAAUGAUGUCCACCUGUGUGCAAUCUAAGUGUCACAUGAUCUGUCAUUACAUAUACACACCUUUUUGGAAGGCCCCAGAGCUUGCAACACCUAAGCAAGAGGCAUCAGUAACCAAACACUGCCAUGAAGAUCAAGGAACUCUCCAAACAAGUAAGGGACAAUGUUAUUGAGAAGUACAAGUCAAGGGUUAUAUUAUAAAAAAAAAUAUCCAAAUCUUUGAUGAUCCCCAGGAGCGCCACCAAAUCUAUCAUAACCAAAUGGCAAGAACAUGGCGCAACAGCAAACCUGCCAUGAGACGGCCGCCCAUCAAAACUCACAAACCGGGCAAGGAGAGCAUUAAUCAGAGCGGCAGCACAGAGACCUAAGGUAACCCUGGAGGAGCUGCAGAGUUCCACAGCAGAGUCUGGAGUAUCUGUACAUAGGACGACAAUAAGCUGUAUGCUCUAUAGAGUUGGGCUUUUUGGCCAGAAGAAAGCCAUUAAGUUUGCGAAAAGGCAUGUGGGAGACUCCCAAAAUGUAUGGGGGAAGGUGCUCUGGUCUGAUGAGACUAAAAUUGAACUUUUCAGCCAUCAAAGAAAUCUCUAUGUCUGGCGCAAACCCAACACAUCACAUCACCCAAAGAACACCAGCAGCCAGGACUGGGAAACUGGUCAGAGUUGAUGGAAAGAUGGAUGGUGUUAAAUACAGGGAUAUUCUUGAGCAAAACCUGUACCACUCUGCAUGAUUUGAGGCUAAGACAGAGGUUCACCUUCCAGCAGGACAUUGGCCCCAAACACACUGCUAAAGCAAUUAUCACAAGAGCAAACCAUCCAACUUGAAGGAGCUGGAGCAGUUUUGCAAGGAGGAAUGGACAAAAACCCUAGAGACUUAUCCAAAGCCACUUGGAGCGGAGAUUGUCGCAAAAGGAGCCUCUACAAAGUAUUGACUUUAGGGGGUCGAAUAGUUAUGCACAUUGACUUUUUCUGUUAUUUUGUCCUAUUUGUUGUUUGCUUCACAAUAAAUAAAAAAAAACAUCUUCAAAGU